UUAAAAAAAGAGAUAAUCAGUCGUCUGAUAAUUAUCUAAGAUUAGCAGACAAUCAAGUGAAGUAUGGGAGAAAAAGUAACGAUAUCGCGGACAGGCAAUUUACGCUGAUACUUCUCGUGAAACUUGAUGAUUUUAUCGUGACGACACUUUUAAUUCCACGGUAUUAGAGGUACGAUCGAUUCAUUAUCAUUAAUCUGGCGCGUCGUGAUAUCGGGAGCGAAGGUGGUUUAAUUGUUUAUAGCGAUUGUUUUCAUGCUCGAUACUGCAAAAGUUUUACCGUGUGUCAACACGUUCUCGACGAAAGUUGAGUCAAGCGUCACGACAACAAUUAUAUUCAUACUUGAAUAUUAAGCCAGCCAGUAGCUACAUUGUAGAAAUAUUGAUACUUCCUGGAAGUUAGUCUUUAAUAUUCGUUGUGCGCGAGAUAUAAGGGCCGGCCGGUAGGCUGUUCGAAAGAAGGUACGCGACAGAAAGAUAGCGGCGAAUGAUCGUAAACAGGGUAUGAAAUAUUUCGUCUAUUUAUACCAGUGAUGAAAUUUAACACGGAGAUACCGCGAUGGUCUUAAGAUUCUUCAGUACUGUGAAAUCGCGAUUUUACCUUCAAAUGUAAGUAGGCAAUAUCUUUUGUAGAUAUCGUCUGCGGUAAAACGAGGAUGUUCCGCGUUGCACUUUCCUCGCGUUCUUCUAACGAGAGUAAGGGUCGCGGUAAUCGUUCACCGCAUCGAUUAUGAUCUUCCUAGGAUCACCGACCGCUUUGUUAGGAUUUAAACCUACUUUUACGUACUUUGAUAAGAGAUCACGUACGUGCCUCGUGUAGGAUAAUAAUUGUGAAACGAGCAAGAAAAAAGCUCUUACGGAAAAACGUUUGUUCUUUUAAUAGGAAUGAGCAAUUUUUCACGAACGGUGUGUGGUUUCGUAUGCGAGUUUCUCAGAAAAGUUUUCUCCUCUUCUUUCUACUUUUUUUUAAAUCGAUCUUUUCGAUCGGAGGUACGCGGUCGAGAUCUCUUUUGCUCUUGUAACUGUUCAUCGAACGCUCAUGGUGUACAAACACGGAUUAUCAAAAAUAGGUGCAUAAUACGCGACGCGUUAUCAUUCCCCUCCAACCAUCGGUCGUACUCUUCCCUACGCCAACUUUUACCAACCCGCUCGGCGUCUUAUCCACAGUUUCCUUUCCCUUUUUGCGUUUAGUGAGGAACACGUGUACGAGUAUAAAAUGAAUUCGCGCGGUGCGGAUUGAUUCAGUUAAUCGGAACAUGCGGCUGCGGUACACGGGUACCGGUUUCUGUCCAUAACAUCUCGUGAUUUUCGUGUUAAGAGACUUGUCCCGUGGCUCGUGCCGACAGUAGUACAUGUUCACGUACUCAACGAGCUGAACUCAGAGAACGUAUGAAUUUCACUCGGCUCCGAACGACGUGAUACCAAACGAUUUAUGCUCCACUUCGCGUUGCAUUAGACACGGAGAACAUAAUUGAAUUUCGUUUACAAAAUGCUGUCGUCCUGGAAAGUAUGCUGUGGAAGAGUACCGCAACGAUGGGUGUUCGCGAUAAUGGGUUUUUUGGCAGUGUUCAACGCUUACGCGAUGAGGGUUUGUCUCUCGAUCACGAUCACCGAGAUGGUGGUGCCACGGAAACCAGAGGAUGGAAUCCAUCCCGACGAUAUUUGUCAUGCUUCGGCGAUCACGUCGCUUGGGCACGUCGAUCAUAAACCCGUGAUCAGAUCGUCAACUGCGACACAAUAUAAUUGGGAUCCGUUCACGCAGGGUAUAAUUCUAUCGUCGUUCUACUGGGGUUACGUGGUGACGCAUCUGCCCGGUGGGAUGCUGUCCGAGAAGUUCGGCGGAAAGUAUUCCCUCGGCCUGGGUAUCUUGGCGACCGCGGUGUUCACGCUCCUCACGCCGCUGGUCGUAGAGUUCGGAGAUUCAACGGGGCUGAUCAUUCUACGCGUGUUAAUGGGUCUCUGCGAGGGUACCACGUACCCGGCGUUGAACGCGAUGCUCGCGCAAUGGACACCGCCGCAGGAGAGGUCGGUGAUCGGUUCGCUGGUGUUCGCCGGCGCCCAGCUCGGCACGGUGUUCGCUAACUCCUUGUCCGGCGUCAUACUCACCUACUCGCCAAUGGGAUGGCCGGCCGUGUUCUACGUGUACGGCAGCAUCGGGGUUCUAUGGUUCUUGGUAUGGCAGAUAAUGUGUUAUAACAAUCCGGACGUGCAUCCGUUCAUUUCCGACAGAGAAAAGAAGUUCCUCCAGGAGACAAUGCAUGAGCAUACGCAUAAGAAACCGCCGUCGGUGCCAUGGCGGCACAUGAUCAAAUCCGUGCCGCUCUGGGCGUUGAUCGCCGCGCAGAUUGGCCACGAUUGGGGUUUCUUCACCCUGGUGAACGAUCUCCCUAAAUACAUGAGCAACGUGCUCAAGUAUUCAAUCAAAGACAACGGAUUUUUGUCUGCGUUGCCUUAUCUGACCAUGUGGAUCUGUAGCGUGAUAACGUCUUGCCUGGCCGAUUGGAUGAUCACCGCCGGCGUGAUGUCGCGUACGAACGUGCGGAAAUUGGGCACGACUAUUGCCUCAUUGGGACCGGGUGCUUUCGUCAUCGGCGCGUCUUACGCCGAAUGCGACAGAGCGACCGUCGUCAUCAUGUUCACGGUCGGCACAACUCUAAUGGGGACGUUUUAUCCAGGGAUGAAGGUGAAUGCUCUCGACCUCAGUCCGAACUAUUCCGGUACUCUGAUGGCCGUCGUAAACGGAAUAGGCGCGUUUACCGGCAUCGUGACGCCGUACAUUGUCGCCGUGUUGGCCAAGGACGAGACCCUUUACCAAUGGAGGCUCGUGUUUUGGAUAGUUUUCGGGGUCUUCAUCGUGACCAACGUGAUCUUCAUCUUGUUCGCGAGCGGAGAGGUCCAAUAUUGGAACGAUCCCGAAUUCGUUCGAAGGGACAGGCAAGAGAGGCGAGCGAGGAUCGAGUCCGAGAAGAAACAGAAACUCGAGAAGCCCGUUCCAUAAGCAGAUCGAAAUGUAUUACCUUCCGAUAAUUUCCAUAUUGUGAUUUCGUGCAACAAUCGGCAGGUGCGUUCUCUUUAUGACAUCAGCCGAGCACGUGCGAGAUAUACACGACGAAUUACGCGAGUAGUUGAUCGACUUGCGAUAUGAGAAUUUUCACGACUAUCUCAUUACACUCGUUGAAUGACACGAGUGCAAAAGUAUUUUACCGUACGCGCGUUCGUCGGAUGUAUUACUCAACGAUUGUGUUUCCUUAUCCUCGUACUUUACGUCUAGUCCAAAUGCGAAACGGGAAUUACGCGACGAACAUCGUUACAAUUCCGUCUCUUUAAUCGGACACACGUUAUCGAGCGAGAAUGAAAAAAGAAAUGCACAUUCCGCUGACAGAGACGUGUUCUCGCGACUAACGAGAUUCACAAUCAGUGUACCUGAAAAUGCAUACAUGUACUUUUUUGCUGCGCGCGUUUGGAAUGUAUAACGGCGGCGGCGGCAUCUCAUUCUCUUCCAUUCGACGUGUGGAGGACGAAGGAGGUAAACGUAUAUACGUGUAUGUUUAGUUAGAAUAAAGUGCGUGCGUAUACGCCUGCACGUGUGCGUUGUAACAUAA